AUGAAAGCCGUAAAAGUGGUGAUUAUUUUGUCGUUUCUUCUGGCAUGUCUUCUGUCCUCAGAAGCCGCUAGAAGCCGAAAAGACUCCGGCAGCCAGAACAGUUUGAGAAGGGCGGCCAACGGGUUUUAUCAAACAUUGAGCAACAUUUUUGGAGAGGACAACAUUAAAGCAUUACACAAGUUCUUCUCCAAGACCACGGAACGGUUUGUGCAUGGAGUGGACUCGUUUUUGGACACGAUUUGGAAGGUCUGGACAGAUCUCCUGGACGUUUUGGGAAUCGACGCGUCUAAUCUGACUCACUACUUCAGCCCAGCGUCGGUGUCCAGCUCUCCUGCUCGAGCUCUCCUCCUGGUGGCCGCUCUGCUGGUGGCCUACUGGUUCCUCUCUUUGUUCCUGGGGGGUUUCUUUUACCUGCUGCACGUGGUGUUUGGGCGUUUUUUCUGGCUGGCCCGCGUGGCUCUCUUCGCCCUCUCGUGUCUGUACAUCCUGCAGAAGUUCGAGGGCGAUCCGGAGCGGGCCAUCCUGCCGCUGUGUUUCGUCAUGGCAGUGUACUUCAUGACCGGGCCGGUGGGGGCGUACUGGAGAAAAGGCGGGAGCCCCAGUACGCUGGAGGAGAAGAUCGACCAGAUCGACAACCAGAUCCGACUCCUCAACAUCCGCCUCAGCCGGGUUAUCGACAGCCUGGAGAGAUCCGGAGACCAGUAAAACCAGCAC